AUAUAUAUAUAUACUAACUCGUCCUAUUCUCUCCCUCACGUUUCCUCUUUCUCCAAUCUCGCAACACUCAUCGCAGAGCUCCCUCAGAUAGGACCGUUUUCAUAGAAACUAGCGAGACUUUGCUUUCUUUCUGACGAUGCCACCGACCCUAAUACUUGUCCGCCAUGCGCAGGCCCAGCAUAACGCGACGAAGGACUUUAAAAUACCCGACCCGGGCCUGACCGAGGAGGGCCGGGAGCAGUGUGCAGAUCUGCGUAAAAGCCUCGUGGAGAAUCCGUUGGCUCAGCAGGCCGAGCUCAUCGUAGUCUCUCCUCUGCGGAGGGUGGUACAAACUGCCCUACGGUCCGUCGAUUGGCUCAUAGAGAAGGGCGUGAAAAUCGAGGCUCACGCGGGCUGGCAAGAAAACUCGGUCAAGCCCUGCGACACCGGCAGUCCCGUCGACAGGCUCGUCCAGGAGUUCCCCAGCGUAGACUUCUCCAAAGUCGACCCAGUGUUUCCGGACAAGACCUCUCCAGCGGCUAGCCACUACCACUUCACCAAAGAGGCACUCCUGGCGCGCGCUCAAGAAUCCCUGAAGCAGCUGUACGAGCGCCCAGAGAAAGUCAUCGUCGUCGUAUCCCACUCGGCUUUCCUGCGCCUAGCUGUAUCCGGCUACUGGUACUUCAACGCCGACUACCGCAUCUUUGACUUCGAGCCCGUACACGGACCGAGAGGUCCGUACCGGCUCGAGCAGCACGAAUCCACUAGGGAGAAGGGCGGAGGACUCGGUCGGAGUUGGAUCGACCCGGUUGUGCUAGGCUCAGAGCUGCCGGUGGAAGACCCGGAGGCAGAAGGAAACGGUAAGAACCGGGGAUAUUGAUGGUAUCGAUGCUUGUCCCUAUUCGACGGUCGAUUUUCGAAGCGUACGACUCGGGACGCUACAGCUCCUCACACUCUGCCUUUGUGAUGGCGAUAUCGAUGUUUCCCUGCAUCCCCUGCCAGCUACUGUCCUACGCCGUCUCGCGUUUUCGCGUUCAUACACGGACCAAAGAAAAGACGGUACGGUACUAGUACAGCUCUUAUAGCAUGUAUGAAUCUCGCCCCACGAGCCCUUAAUAACCCACUAGCAGGAUGAAAAUUCAUGGGAUAGGCUGGAUAUGGGAGGGACCUUUGUCGGUUAUAUUUUUCCUUCGAGCCAAGCCGCCGGGGUUCGCAAGCACAAACAGUCCGAAAAUGGAGAAAUUUAAGGCUGGGCAUGAGCUCCCGUGCGAAAUGCGGCAAUCUAUUCCUUCUUCAGUGUCCAUGAAACCGACGCAAUUUGUUUCUCGAAUCCCUUACCACCUGACCGGCUCGGGCUUCUAGACGAGCCUCGUAUAUAGUCAGAGCUCGCCCGCUUGCUGACUCGGAUAGACCCAAGCCCCAUCGCGUACGUACUACUAGGCAGCAAGAGGCAAGCCACCGACUAGGAUGGGAGCUGUACGUUGCAGCCGUAUUAGGUAUUUGGGUCAUCCGCACAUAUACGAGAUCUGCGCCCUAUACCAGAAACGUAC